AUGGAGUGUGUUAUGCCACUGUCAGACAUAACCAACAUCCAGAGCUGCGCUGACGAAUGGAAGGCUAAGGGUCAGCCAGCUCACAAAUCCAAGCAGAAUCGAGGUCCCCAAAAUGGAAGCGUCGCACCGCGGAGACCACGGGCUUCAGCAGAAAGGAAGCAGCAAGCUCACCAAGCCCCGGUGCGCCAGGCCCUGCUUCCGAAAGACAUGGAUGUGCCAAGCACCAAACCUGGGCUGGGUGGGCGCUUCUUGGGCGGUGCUUCAAGCCCCCUGGGCAUGGAAGUGGAGGAGUCUGAGUCCGACCGCAUGGUGCUGAAUGCUGCGCAAGACCUUUGGCAAGUUUGGGUCUCGCAGUGCACGGAGCAUGCAAGUGCUCCCAGGGGCCUCAGCCCAUGGAUGCAGUUUGUGCUCUGGAAGUUUGGACGCUCGGGACCGCCUGGACUGGUGAAUGCUCUGAUGCGCCCUCCUCCCGGCAUUCCGAAGCCUCCUUCAACCGAGGUUCCCAUCAGGCCCUACAUGAAUUUCAUCUGCGAGGAACUUCAGGAAGGAUCCUUCGCGACUCUGAUCGACAACGAGUUCCUGGAGCUGUAUGGUCCGGCAGGUACCAGAGUAAAGGUGAAGGAGCUUGGGGAAGACGGAUUGGUGCAUGUCGCCAUCGUGGACUCCGACCGUUCUGCUUGGAUCCCGAAGGAGUACCUCAAGGCCGAGCCGACUUCCCACUCGCAGUUGCAGGAGCUUCUGGCAGGCGGCCUUCUCCUGGAUGGGUGCCAUCGCCACACAGAAAGAGCUCGCCCUUAUUCCGAGGACAUCCAUGCCUGCAUUGGCUCUGGAGAUCGGCAACAGAGUGUCCUGUGGCUGGCGCAGGUGUGCUCGAUUCAUCAGCUCGAUGACUCCGUGUUGUUUGUCUGUGUCAUGCUGCUGGACCGCUACUGCGCAACCUCUGAGGAUCAUAUGGAACUUGGUCGGGCUCAUCGUACGGUCCUGGCCAUUUUCAGCAUUGCCUUGAAGGUUCUGGGAGUGGCAGCUGGCGGCGGCAAUCAGCACGAGCACCUGCGUUUCAUCGCCGAAGGGUUAGGUGAGAACAAGUUCUCCAAACAGGACAUCAUUCGUGCCGAACUGGAGGUUCUGCAGGCCCUCGGCUUCGAUGUGGCCGCCCACUCGCCACUGGACUUCCUGGAAAGCUUCCUGUUCUCCGUGGAGAGGCCCAGGCUGAGUGGCACAUCGGCAUUGGCGUGCAUGGCGACGUUUUUGCUGCAGCUGUCUCUGGGUGACGCCAACUUACUUCACAGGUAUCCCUACGCUGCCCUUGCUGCUGGGGCCGUCUAUGUGGGCCUUUGGUGCACGCAGGCGAGCUCUGAGCGCUGCCAGCUCCUGCUGCAAGAUGCCCGGGAGGCCUUGUCUCCGAAGCCGCAACCGGCAGCCAUGGACAUGGUGCCGGAAGAUGAAAUCUUCACAGACUUCGAUUUCGCCAUCUGCGAGGUGUGA